UCAAUCAUUUUGUAGCAAUGGGAGAGUACAGAAUUAAGCCAAAAACAGGAUCAAAUUGUUACAUGGCUUCCUUCAUUACAUUUGUAUUGAAAAUAGUUGUUGUUUGGGUUUCUUUGAUCAUUGUAAGCCCUGCAACUAUAGCAGUAGCAUCUGAAUCAUCAUCAUCAUCACCAGAAACCAAAGCUCUGCUCAAUUGGAAAGCCAGUGGUGCCCACUUUCCUGGUUCUUGGGAUGCAAAUGAUACAAGCCCUUGUAAGUGGGAUGGGAUAACUUGCAAUGAAGCUGGAAGAGUAACAGAGAUAUAUCUACCUUUUUACAAUCUACAAGGUAAGCUCAACAAAUUGAAUUUCUCCUCUUUCCAAAAUCUAUUUCGCCUGAAUCUCGGAUCGAAUAGCUUGUAUGGAACCAUCCCUGAAAACAUUGGUAUGCUUUCUGAACUCACCCAUCUUUACCUGUAUUCAAACAGUAUUUCUGGCAAAUUUCCUUCUUCACUAGCUAAUUUGACCAGAUUACUUGAGUUGGAUGUUUCUGGUAAUGAAAUAAGUGGUGAAAUUGAUGGAUAUCUAUUAACCAGCUGGUCCAAACUCUCUUCUGUUAAGCUUGACAACAAUUUGUUUCAAGGGAAAAUCCUUUCUAUCAUUGGUAAGUUAAGCGACCUCAACAUUCUCUCCCUCUCUUACAAUAGAUUCAAUGGCUCAAUACCUCAAGAGAUAGGAAAGCUGAAAAAUCUGAGUCACUUGGACCUAGGAAGUAACAUGUUUUCAGGUUCAAUACCUUUGCAGUUGGGGAAUUUAAGAGAUCUCACUUAUUUGGACAUAGGAAGUAACAUGUUUUCAGGUUCAAUACCAUUGCAGUUGGGGAAUUUAAGAAAUCUCAUUUAUUUGGACCUAGGAAGUAACAUGCUUUCAGGAUCAAUUCCUACACAGAUGGGGAAUUUGGGAAAGUUGAAUAAAUUGGACCUAAGUAGUAACAUGCUUUCAGGCUCAUUACCUGCACAGUUGGGAAAUCUGGGAUAUCUGAAUGAGUUGGACUUAGGAAGAAACAUGCUUUCAGGUUCAAUACCUACACAGAUAAUGAAUUUGAGAUAUCUCAAUCGGUUGCUUCUAGGAAGUAACAAGCUUUCAGGUUCAAUACCUACACAGAUAGACAAUUUGGGAAAUCUCAAUCACUUGAGCUUAGGAAAUAACAUGCUUUCGGGUUCAAUACCUACACAGAUGGGGAAUUUAACUAGACUAAAAUGGUUGGAGAUAGGAGGUAACAUGCUUUCAGGUUUAAUACCUACACAAAUGGGGAAUUUGAAAGCUCUAUACAAGUUGGACCUAAGCAUGAACAUCCUUUCUGGUUCUGUACCAGUCGAAAUGGGGGAAAUGAUAACUUUGAAUCAGCUAAACCUGAGUAACAACAUGCUAACUGGUUCAAUACCUGCAUCAAUGGGGAACCUUAAGAAUCUCUGCCUAUUGGACUUGAGUAACAAUAUGCUUACUGGUUCAAUCCCUAUGGAAAUUGGAGAUAUGGAACAGUUGACAUUGCUUAAUCUCAGCUGCAAUAAGCUACAUGGUUCAAUACCUGAACAGAUGGGGAAACUCAAUUUUUCUUACAUGGGUUUGGACUUGUCUUGCAAUGAUUUGGAGGGUCCUGUUCUAGAUAAAAUAGCUUCUGAAACUCCUUUGAAAGCAUGGAAGAUGAACAAAGGUUUGUGUAGUAAUUGUUCAUGGAAAAGCAGAGAGAAAAGGCUUAAAGUCAAGAUUUCCAUUGUUCUUUCUGUUUCUAGCAUCAUUCUUGUCACACUUGUAAUUGUUGCUGGUUGGUUCCUCUUCAGGCAAAAGUCAAUAAAUUGUAUCAUUAAUACAAGAGCACAGAAAAAUGGAGAUAUAUUUUCCAUAUGGAAUUAUGAUGAGAAGAUUUCAUAUAGAGACAUUAUGGAAGCAACAGAUGAAUUUAACAUCAAAUAUUGCAUUGGCACUGGAGGUUGUGGGAGUGUUUAUAAAGCAACGCUGCUUACAGGGAAAGUAGUAGCUGUGAAAAAGCUUCAUCGCCUAGUAGCAGAAGACAAAGCCUAUGGGAGGAGCUUCACCAAUGAGAUACAAGUGUUAACUAGAAUACGGCAUCAGAAUAUUGUGAAAUUUCAUGGGUUUUGCUCUCAUCCUAGGUGCAAGUUCUUAGUUUACGAAUACAUAGAAAGAGGAAGCUUAGCUUAUUCACUUGGGAAUGAAGUGGAAGCAUUGGAAUUGGAUUGGAGGAAACGUUUGAAUGUCAUCAAAGGGGUCGCUUAUGCUUUGUCUUACUUGCAUCAUGACUGCACACCACCUUUAAUUCAUCGAGAUAUUUCGAGCAAAAAUGUUUUGUUGGAUGCAGAUCUCGAGCCUCAUGUCUCAGACUUUGGAAAUACCAAAUUUCUAAAUCCUGAUUCAUCCAACCACACUAUACUUGUAGGAACAUAUGGAUACAUUGCUCCAGAGCUUGCUUAUACAAUGGUUGUGACGGAAAAAUGUGAUGUUUAUAGCUUUGGUGUACUAACACUAGAGACGAUUAUGGGAAGACAUCCGGGUGAACUCAUGUCAACAUUAUCAUUGCCGCAUGCAAAAGACAUAAUACUAAAGGAUGUGCUAGACCCACGUCUCCCACCACCAACACAAUUGGAAGCACAGGAUCUGACUUUCUCAAUGAUGUUUGCAACUUCAUGUUUGCACACCGAUCCAAAAUCUCGUCCAACUAUGCAAUACAUAUAUGGGGAAUUAGAAAGUUCUAUGAACAGUCUUCGCAACAUUUCUGCAUAAUUUUGUUGUGGCAAUUGGGAACCUUGAAAUAAAUCAGAUCCAUAAAGCUAUAUGGAAGUGGUCAUAUAUUGCUAAGGUGUUC